AUGAUCAAUCUUUAUCCUCUCAUACUCGGUUUCGUCAAAUCUGCUUCGCUCUUGAUACUUGUUGUUUCUGUCUGUAACGGAGCACCAGCUCCGCAGGGCGAUGGUAUGAAUAAGAGAGAUGGAAUCCCACCAUCAUACCUAUCUACUCCCAUUGAAUCUACGCUUCAAAAACGACAAGCACCGCCCAAGAUGCCCAAGCCACCGGAAGAUCUUGCAAGAGCAUAA